AUGGCCACAACUCUUCGCUGCCCUCAAGCAGUAGCACCACUUCCAUGGAGGGCGAGAAGGCCCAACAACAGCAGAGGCACAAUCCCAAUGGGGCCCCGCCAGGAGUCGAACAUCCGGGCCUUCGGGCGAAGCGACAUCGGAAGCUUCGCGAGGGACGCGUGGCGGAGCGCCAACGACGGAUUCGAGCGAUUCCUAUUCGAGGCCAAGAAGACGGCGGAGCGCUUGGACCGCCGAUACGCCCUUUCGCACCGCUUCGACACCAUCGCUCGGUCCGCCGCUGCUCGCGCCCGUGAAAUUGACAGAGACCUCGAGAUUGGGACACGCUGGCGCGCCUUUAGCAUGGAUUUGAGCAGAAAUUUGCCUAGGUACAGGAGGCAGCUUAAUGAUUUCCUGGAAACCCCAUUGGGAAGAAGUUUUGCGACAAUCUUCUUCCUGUGGUUUGCAUUAUCCGGAUGGCUUUUUCGGUUAUUGAUAUUCGCUACAUGGGUACUGCCAUUUGCUGCUCCUCUGGUCAUUGGAGCGGUUGCCAAUAACCUUGUUAUUAAGGGAGCUUGUCCGGCUUGUAAGAGGCAAUUUGUUGGUUACAAGAACCAAGUAAUUCGUUGUGCAAGCUGUGGAAACACUGUGUGGCAGCCAAAAGGGGACUUCUUUUCAAGAGAUGGUAGAGGCCCGUCUUCGUCGAAAUCAGAACCGGAGAUUAUUGAUGUUGAGUUUGAAGAGAAAUGA